AUGGCCGCUACCGAAGUGCCAAUCGAGGAAUGGGAGCCGCUCAUCAUCAACGAUGACGUUGGCCCGACCACACAGCUCGUGACGUUCAACAUGAGAAACAGGGACCUAAGUGAAGCACGCUCUCUCUUGAUCAAGYCGACAAUCCCCGCGGCGUACCACUGGAGGCCCAUCGCAAACCUGAACCUCAACGACGCAAUUAGCCAAACUCAUGCCUUUCUCAGGGUCGCACAUGCGGGUUUGGCUGCCCACAGGCUGCAGGGCAUGACUGAUGCCCAGAUGCGCAAGGUUGCCAUCAUCCUGGGCGUGGUGCGUGCAGUUACUACAGAGCUCUAUCGCAUAACCGCCAACGACCUGAUUCCUAGGGAGUCUGCCGAGUUAACUGUUCAGGCAAGGUACACCGAAGGAGCAGGCCUCUCCCUGUCAGUGGGCCGCGCAACACGUGGCGCAGACAAGGACGUCCUAACCGCACCGCUGGUACUGACUGACCAAGAGAAAGCGGUGGUGGUAGUCGCACACAUGUCCGCAAUCGGUGUGCUGCCCAUCCAGGGGUACAAGCUAAUCAUGACUGGACACCACUACCUGAGCGACGCCAAGACCCAGUCAAGGCGUGUCUUCGAUGUCUUGGAGCGGACAUACUAG